AUGAGCUACCUCAACCCGAGGGAGCAGCAACAAUGCAUGGCAGAGUUAACCAGGCUGCUGAACGAGCCCAUCGAGGCCGACGCCCAGCUUUCCGUCAUGGAAGCCCUCCUCAGGGCCACCGUCGCCAUGACCAAGAUCGUGCAGGAUCACUGCGCCAUGGCGAGCGGCGACCCCGUGUCGGCACUGAUUGCCUCGCAGCCCAAGUGCGGCAACGCUACCUGCAACGCAGCCCACCAAAUGCUUAGGAAGAUUGCGAGCCACCAAAAGGGCCUCCGCAAGACGGUCGAUGCGAACCACGACGUCGCCGCCAAGCACCUUCGCGCGUGGGCGGGCGGGAGCCGGGAUUCAGGCGUUCGCAAGCGGACACGCGCGCCAAGCAUCGACAGGUUGGAGGCCGAGGCCGAGGCCAUGAAGGCCCUGUCGCAGGAGAAGUCGAAGCUCACUGAGGAGAACAGCAAGCUCAAGAUGGAGCUCAAGCAGAGUACCACCGUGUUGCAGACCCUUGAGAAGGAGCUCGGUAUCGACUUGAAAGCUAGGGGCGCAAAGGAUGCAUCGCAGAAGAAGGGGCUCGCCAGCUCGUGGUUUGGAUUCGGAGGCCGGAGGGAUGGUGAAGAAGCCGAUGCUCAGCAAAAGAAGAAGCAGCAGGACAAGGACAAGUUGGCGGGCGCUCUAGGUAGUGGCCUGGCAGGGUUCAACAACUCCAAGACCAACACCGCCGCUCUUGAGAAGCAGGUCGAGAUGUGGAAACAAAAGGCAACCGAGCACCAGAAGACGGCGGAGGUCCUCAAGGAGGAGAACACCACGCUCCGCCGCAAGGUCGACGAGGCUGACAUUGCACGAAAGAACCCGACUGGCAGCAAAUGGGCCGGCAAGUCGCUGACAAUUGAGAAGAGCGGCACCCCCAACGCAAAGAUUACACCCAACAUGGGGUCCCCUCGAAUGCCGCCAACGGGCAAGAACGCAUUCGAGCCAUGGUCGAAAAAGGGCAGCGCGACGACGCCGAACCGGAAGCGGGGCCUGGCGUCCUGGACAUCAUGGCUCACGGGGGGCUCGAAGGCGAAGACGGCCACCCACAACCGCCUUGGGGACGACAAGAAGAAGACGGGCCCCGGGUUCCUGCAGGGGAUGCAGCAGAUGGUGGCGGGCACGAUGGCUCAGGCAUCGCAGGCGUACGGCAGCUUGGAGCAGCAAAUCCCGUGCACGCGGCCUCACGCGGACCGGGAGACUUACUCGUCCUACCUUUCUGGAGAGCUGAUGGCAUGGCGCGACGUCCUCGUCUUCUGCUGGCUUUGGAUUCACUUCGUCUUCGCACUCGUCAAAGGCACGGUAUUCCGCAGCCGCGCGACGUCUUUACCAUCUCUCGAGCAAGAGCUGGAAGGCAAGCGGGGCAUGAAUCCGGCACGUACAGGCCUGUCAGACAAGAAGGGCCUGAUCCGGGCGAACAAGACUGUCUGGAUCAUACCGAGGAUGCCCACGCUCCCGGCGCCGGAUGUGGUGCUGCGGGUGACCCGGCACGUCCUCAUCCUCGCGUCCCUACACGCCUACUACGAGUGUCUGGUCCAGCAAUACAUCUGGCACCGGGCCAACAACUACACGCGCUCGUACCUGGCGGGCCAGAUGCGCGGCGGCACGAGGGACCACUCGUCGCUGCUGGCCAUGGUCGGCCUGGAUCCGACGCUGUGGUGGGUGAGGCUACGGUUUCUGGGGCUGGGGCUGGUGUUGACGUGGGACUGGGUGGUCGAGCUCGCGAUUCACACCGACUGGCUGACGAGCUUGGUCUGUCGCUGUGGGCUAUGGGCUUGGAACGGCAUGGGCUGGCUUGUGAGCAGGGACUGGUUCUACCACGGCAUCUGGUGGGCUGUGAAGGGGGCAGCGGUCCGCAUUUGGCGGUUCGCGAGACGGGCAUGGGCCACGACGGCGAAGCUGCGUCGAAGGCUUGGCUGGACUCGAUGCUGUGUCGUCGUCGGGGUGCUGGUCGUGUGCGGUGUUGCUGGGUGGUUCCUGGCGCCAAGGGCAAUAGGCCUGACGGCGUCGCUUGUCAAGGCUUCCUCCGGUCGCUCCAAGCCAACAAGCGCCGCAAUUGGUGCCAACGUACGCAGUAAGUUAGUUGCUUUCCGUUCGUCGCUGCUGGGAGCGGGCGGCGGCGGUCUCUGA